AUGUCUGCCAACCUCGACAAGUCUCUUGACGAUCUCGUCAGCGGCCGUCGCCAAAACGUUCGCAACACUCGCCGCCACUCUGGUGGCCGCCGCGCCGCCACCAAGCCUGCUGUCGGAGGCGUGAAGAAGUCUACCAAGGCUGCCCCCAAGCCUGCUCACCCUACUCCGACUGUUCAAGCUUCCAGCAAGAUCCUUGUUAGUGGAUUGCCUGCCGAUGUUUCUGAGGCCAAUAUCAAGGAAUACUUCACCAAGUCCGCCGGCCCUGUUAAGCGGGUCAUGCUCACCUACAACCAGAACGGCAGCAGUCGUGGUAUCGCCACCAUCAUCUUCGGCAAGGCAGACACCGCUGCUAAGGCUGCCAAGGAACUCAACGGUCUCCUUGUUGAUGGUCGUCCCAUGAAGAUCGAGGUCGUUUAUGAUGCCUCUCAUGCCCCUACCGCUCCCGCCGCGAAGCCUUUGACGGAGCGCAUUGCUCAGAAGGCGCGCCCCAAGUCCGCCGCUGCCACCAAGACCAAGAACAACCAGACCAACAAGCAGGCCAAUGAGGCUACCUCUGAGACCGCUAAGGGCAAGGGCGCUGGCCGCCGUCGUGGUCGCAACCCUGGCCGUGGAAAGCCCAAGACCGUUGAGGAGCUCGACGCUGAUAUGAUGGAUUACUUUGCUACCGAUGCCCCUCCCGCCGAGAAUGCCGCCCCAGCCAACACUGCUGCUGCUGCUCCCCAGGCCAACGGUGGAGAUCUGGCCAUGAACGACGAGAUCUCGUAA